UAGCGCCAGAGAGCCCAGCAGGGUACAGUUACAGUGCGGAUCGGACAUAAUGCUAAAAAAAAAAUGUGAUCCAUUUUCCGUCCAUUAAUCUGAAUCGGACUCAUUGAUUUCAGAGAGCGAUCAGCCGAUGCCUGUAUGGUGGAGUCUUCAUUCACGCGACCGGAUCAAAGCGGCAUCCUCUCACUGCCCUGCCACACUUUCCUCAGGAGGUGAAGCCUUUACAAUAACACCGCGAUGAGACGAAUAACGGGAAAGGCGAAGGAUGAAACUUUGAUCGAGCUGCAGAGCGCGACGGAUUCACAGACUGCAGAUGAAAAUGGUGGAAGUGGUCUCAAUUCAUUAUCUGAAACAGCAACACUGCCUGGACAUACAGAGACCGACAAGCUACAACCAAACAAAGACACCGUGUUCUUCAGGGACGGAGUUCGGAGGAUAGACUUUGUGUUAUCUUAUGUAGAUGACAAAGAUGGAGAAAAGAAACAGGAGAGGAGGAGGGAGUUUGAGGCCAACCUUGAGAAAGCCGGACUGCAGCUGGAGACAGAGGACAAAUCAGACUCUAAAGACCAAAAAACAUAUUUCUUGAAGAUCCAUGCCCCGUGGGAUGUACUGGCCACUUAUGCGGAUGUGUUAAAGAUCAAAGUUCCCUUCAAGCCGAGUGAUAUCCCCCACGGUCAGGACGUCCCACUGGAGUGGCUCUCGCAUCCUUUCCGCCUGCCAGAGCACGUCAUGCACCCACAACCUGACUACUUUACACACGCCUUCGACAAAAACAAGACUGACUUUUUUCUCAUCACUGACAAGGACACCUUCUUCCCGCCUUCCACAAGAAACAGGAUUGUGUUCUAUAUCCUGGCUCGUUGUCCGUACUACAAAGAGGGACAGAAAGAAAAAGACAAGACGGGAAUCAAGAGACUACUCAGCAAUGGGACGUACACAGCAGCCUUUCCACUACAUGAUUGUCGAUACUGGAAAAGGGCAAGAAAUGCUGAGUGUGAGAGUGAACGCUACAACUUGUACAAACACUGGGCCCGUUUUCUCUGCUUUUACAAAGAGCAGCCUCUCAACCUCAUCAAGAAGUACUACGGGGAGAAGAUUGGGAUCUACUUUGCCUGGUUGGGCUUCUACACAGAGAUGCUGUUCUUUGCAGCCGUCAUGGGCCUCAUAUGUUUCACCUAUGGAGUGCUCAGUUAUGAUGACAAUGUGUCGAGCAAAGAAAUAUGUAAUGCAGAUAUUGGAGGCACUAUUGUGAUGUGUCCACUUUGCGACAAAAAGUGCCCUUUCUGGAAACUCAACUCUACGUGUCUCUCAUCCUGGCAAUCCCAUCUGUUUGAUAAUGAGGGAACCGUCUUCUUUGCCAUAUUUAUGGGGAUUUGGGUAACUCUAUUUUUGGAGUUUUGGAAGAGACGCCAAGCCCGGCUGGAGUACGAGUGGGACUUGGUUGACUUCGAGGAGGAACAGCAACAGCUUCAAAUCCGACCUGAGUUUGAGAUCCGCUGCACUAACAGGAGACUCAACAAGAUCACCCAGGAAAUGGAGCCAUAUCUCCCCAUCACCAGCAAGUGUGCUCGCUUCUGCCUGUCGGGUGCCACCGUUUUAUUCUGGAUUUGUCUGAUCAUCGCCUGUAUUACUGGAGUCAUAGCGUACAGACUGGCCGUGUAUGCUGCCUUUGCAAGUAUCAUUAAAGACCCUAUGAGGAAGAUCCAGGUGGUGGGCAGGUUCAUCACUCCACAGCUGGCCACCUCUGUCACUGCCUCCUGCAUCAACUUUGUCAUCAUCAUGAUCCUCAACUUCUUCUAUGAGAGGGUGGCCGUUUGGAUCACUGAUAUGGAAAUCCCAAAGACUCACCUCGAGUACGAGAACAGGUUGACCAUGAAGAUGUUUCUCUUCCAGUUUGUCAACUAUUACUCAUCGUGCUUCUAUGUGGCCUUCUUCAAGGGCAAAUUUGUGGGUCAUCCUGGCAAGUACACGUACAUGUUUGGCAAUUCCAGCACACUGAGGAAUGAGGAGUGUGAUCCUGGAGGCUGUCUGAUUGAGCUGACCACACAGCUGGUGAUUGUUAUGGCAGGAAAACAACUCUGGGGGAACAUUCAGGAAGCUCUGCUGCCGUUGAUGCGUAACUGGUGGAGUGGCAGAAAAGGACGGCACCAUCCUGAGAACCAUUACAGCCGCUGGGAGCAGGACCAUGUCCUGCUGAACUUCAGCCAGCUGGGAUUGUUUUAUGAGUACCUGGAGAUGGUGGUCCAGUUUGGUUUCAUCACUUUGUUUGUGGCCUCUUUCCCCUUGGCUCCGCUCCUGGCUCUGUUCAACAACAUCCUGGAAAUCAGGGUGGACGCUUGGAAAUUCACCACCCAGUUUAGACGUCCCGUGGCGUCCAAGGCCCGAAACAUCGGAGCGUGGCAGGAAAUCCUCAACACAGUGGCCAUUUUGUCUGUUGUCACCAACGCUUUCAUAAUGGCGUUCACCUCAGACAUGAUCCCCCGUCUGGUCUUCCUGUAUGCCUACGGUGAAGAUAAAAGCAUGAGAGGCUACGUCAACAACAGCCUGUCAGUGUACAAAAUCUCUCAGAUAUUUGAGCACAACAUGCCCGAGGAACGAGCCAACUGGUUUGAAAACUCGACGACCACCUGCAGAUAUCGUGACUACCGCUACCCUCCAGGCCAUGAGAAGGAGUACACUCACACCAUGCAAUUCUGGCACAUCCUGGCAGCCAAAAUGGCCUUCAUCAUCAUCAUGGAACAUGUGGUCUUUGUGGUGAAGUUCUUUGUGGCGUGGAUGAUCCCAGACGUCCCAUCAGAUGUGAAGGCUCGGAUUAAACGAGAACGCUACCUGAUUCAGGAGUACCUGCAUAACUACGAGGUAGAGAAGCUCAAACUCCAGCUGAGUGCCACUUUCGUCACAGAUCCACAGUCAGAGAUGUCCUUGAUGAUGGACAAGCAUGAGGUGUUGUCUGAGUGCCUGUAGCCUCCUGCUUCACACCUCACAGCUGACCAAACCAAGGCGGGACAUGUCUGGAGUUUUCUCCUCUCUGAGAACAUCCAUACACAAGGGCUUCUGUCUUUUGGGAGAAAAAAAUGCUGUCUUGUUUUCUUACUAAAUGGACUACUAUAUUAGGAUCUGUAUGGAGGCAUCAAAAAAAAAAAAAACUCACCUUGUCACUUUGCUUAAAGGAGCUUUAUGUGACGUUCAGAGCAUUAAGGCAGCAGCAAACAACUGUUAGCUAUGUAAAGAUAUAGUGGAGUAAUGGCAGUAAAGACACACUGCCUCUGUGUGUGUGUGUGUGUGAGU